AUGGUUGACGACUUACCCCCAAAGGAGCUAUCCCCAGACGGCCGCUCCGUACAGGGCUUCACCCACCAUGCUGAGAACAUCACCGCAGACCGCGAGCCCUACGGCCCGCCAGGACUGCGCGGGCUAGUCAGUAAUCCGUUCGUGUUACUAUGCGCCACAUGCUCGACACUCGGAGGACUGGUCUUCGGCUAUGACCAGGGCGUCGUCUCCGUCAUCCUGGUCAUGGACCAGUUCCUGGAACAGUUCCCGCAAGUCUCCAAGUCGGCGGCGGGCGCCGGGUUCUGGAAGGGCCUGUUAACAGCGAUGAUUGAGCUGGGUGCAUUGCUGGGUGCGCUGAACCAGGGCUGGAUCGCGGAUCGCAUCUCGCGCCGGUACUCAAUCCUCGUGGCGGUCGCUAUAUUCACUGUUGGCUCGAUUCUGCAAACUGCCGCGGUCGACUAUGCCAUGUUGACGGUGGCGCGGUUGAUUGGCGGUGUUGGGAUUGGUAUGUUGUCCAUGGUGGCGCCUCUGUACAUCUCCGAAAUUAGUCCCCCCGAAUGCCGCGGAACCCUCCUCGUCCUCGAAGAAUUCUGCAUCGUCCUCGGCAUCGUCAUCGCCUUCUGGGUAACAUACGGCACACGAUACAUGGCCGGCGAAUGGGCCUGGCGCCUCCCGUUUCUGUUGCAAAUGAUCCCCGGCUUCGUCCUCGCUGCGGGGGUCUACAUCCUCCCCUUCUCGCCACGCUGGCUCGCCUCCAAGGGCCGCUCCGACGAAGCGCUUGAGAGUCUGGGCAAGCUGCGCCGGCUGCCGACCUCGGACAUGCGCGUGCGCCAGGAGUUCAUGGACAUCCAGGCCGAGGUGCGGUUCCAUCAGGAGAUGAAUGCGGAGAAACACCCGAAUCUGCAGGGUAGCGGAACUAAGAAUGAAGCCCUGCUGGAGCUGGCAUCUUGGCUUGAUUGUUUUAAGAAGGGCUGUUGGCGGCGGACUCAUAUUGGGGUGGGUAUUAUGUUCUUUCAGCAGUUCGUCGGAAUCAAUGCCCUAAUCUACUACUCACCAUCCCUCUUCGAGUCCAUGGGCCUCGACACCAGUAUGCAGCUGAUCAUGUCCGGUGUCCUCAACAUCCUGCAGCUGGUCGGUGUCACCACCAGCAUCUGGACGAUGGACACUCUUGGUCGACGCAAGCUUCUGCUGGGCGGAGCCACUCUCAUGGCCAUGUCGCACAUCAUCAUUGCCGUGCUGGUCGGCCUCUUCGAUUCGAACUGGUCGGCGCAUCGAGCGCAGGGCUGGGCUAGUGUCGCCUUCUUGUUGUUUUAUAUGAUUGCUUUUGGGGCUUCAUGGGGCCCUGUUCCUUGGGCCAUGCCAUCUGAAAUCUUCCCAUCUUCGCUCCGUGCCAAGGGUGUCGCCCUUUCCACCUGCUCGAACUGGCUCAAUAACUUCAUCAUUGGACUCAUCACUCCCCCCCUUGUUCAAAACACCGGAUACGGCGCCUACGUCUUCUUCGCCGUCUUCUGUGUCCUCGCCGGCCUGUGGACCUUCUUCUUCGUCCCAGAGACCAAGGGCCGGACGCUAGAGCAGAUGGACCACGUCUUCAAAGACAACUCCAACGAGGGCGAGCGAGACAGGCGAAAUGCGAUUGAAGUCGAGCUGCUGCGAGCCAACCGGGAGUUUUUGUGA